AUGUCAGUAACUCAUGUUCCAACUCCAAGAGAAGACUUUGAGUCUCUAACUAAUCAUAAACCUUCAUCAAUAACUACAUUAGAAGAACUUGCACAUGAAACGACCAAUGAUUUAAAAUUACUUCAAAAUAAGAAACAAGUUCAAAAACAAGUGCUAACAGCAAUGAGUCUUGCAUAUCUUGAUCAACAAACAGAAGAGAAGCUAUUACAGAAAAUAUCCGAAUUCGAUACUAAAAGUGAUCUACUAAGUUUUUAUGAUGGCCCUGACGAACAGUUAGCAAUAGAUGUAAAUGUGUUGGAGUCAAAUUGGAAGGAGUUGGAUGGACAAAUGAAUGUUAAACAUGAGGAUUUAAAGACACUAGCUGACGAUGUGAGCAGGAGAUAUCGACAAUUUGAAGAGAGGAAAACCCAAGUAAACACCCUCAUAGAAGAAGGAGAACAAUUAGAACGUGAGUUUGAACAGUUAAUUAAUGAAGAUAAUGAAGAUAAGGAAUUGUUUGAAUCAGCGCUUAAGGUGAAAUCAUUUGACACAGAUCCAUCACAACUCAAUAGUCAAGCUAGAACGGACGUGGAUAGCGAUUUGAAACGAGUUAGUGAACAAAUUAAUGCCAAAGAAACUGAUACAAACAAUGAAAGAAGUAAUAUCGAGUCAUUGAAGACACAAUUGGAAAUCAAACAACAACAGUUGCAGGAUUUGCCAGUAGAUGAUUCUGAAGAUGAUCCUGUCAAAAAGUUUUAUUAUUUCUUAAAGAAGUUGAAUGAAUUGUUGGAUUUACUUAAAUAG